UUCUCUCUCUUUAGAUUAAAUGAUUUAAAUGAUCAUUCAAAGGUUUGUUCAUCUAAACUGAAGUCAACUUCUCCCUCUCCUCCAACACAUAGCCCAAAGCAACAAAGGAAAUUACAAUCAAGAGGUUCAUCUCCAAAGAUCCAGUCAGAGAAGCGUUCCUCAUCACUAAUAGUUAAUGUCACUCGCACUCCAACAGCUGCUACUGAUCUUGCUCCCUUUAAAGUCGUCACUUGGACCAACAUGACCUCUCAGUUCUCCUCAGAGUCCUACGAGGUGUACAGGAGCGCCGGGGACUUUCAAUGGCUUCAUGACGUACUCCAGGAUAACUGCCCAGAGAGAGCAGUGCCUCCACUUAGGACAACCAUAUCUCUUGAUGCGACAGUGUCAGAGUAUCAAAGGUUCUUGUCUCGUCUUGUGGCACACAAAACCCUCCGAACUGAGCAAUCUUUCAUUGUAUUCCUAACUGGAACAAUUGAAGUAAGAAAUGAACCUAUUAAUAUCAUAUUACUGUGAGACAAAGCUACAGUA